AUGAAAGUCAGUUACAUUUUCUCCCUCCUUUUCUUUUUGAUCAUUUAUAAAAAUACGACCACCAAUGUUGUGCAUUGUGGCGGCUACAGUGAUUUAGCGGCAACGAGCGCCUUAACAACCAUAGUCAAGGAUCCAAUAAGAGUGACACAUCGUCGGAAGCCUUCGUCUGGCGAUGCUAAGUGUCCCGUAUAUUUUUCAAAUCUGUGUGACGAAUAUAAAGCCUUACGAGAAAUUUGGGACCAGUGUACCAUUGCCGUGUACAACAACACCCUUUAUGCCAUCGAGUCCAAGCCACUGCUAUUCUUGCACGGUAUUUUGAACGAGUGCAAAAACAACUUCUCCACAAAAUUGAGACAAGACCCAGGUUUGAUUGUAGCCAAAAUAGACCAAAUAUUAAAGUCCCAAAUAUAUCGUUUCUGGGUGUCAGAGCCUUAUUUGAAAAUCGGAAAGUCGAGCAUCUUCUACACCAGAAUCAACUCCAAUAAUGUACCUCCUCUACCCAAAGAAUGCACUUUGAAACAUUUGUCAUCAUACAUGGAGGAGAAAUUAAAAUCUAUGGAGUCUAAGAAGAAUAUUGAAUCGGGUAAAUAUGAAUUUGACGUGGAGUCAACGAAAAAUACGACGGAUGACAGCCAGGCGGAUGAGGAAGAUGACGAUGAAAAUGAAGAGGAUGCCUUUGAGGAGGAAUCCUUUGAAGAGAAAAAGAGCGAAGAAAAGAAAGAUUAA